ACUGCUUUUUCGAUGUGUUGUAUAAGAAAUAAACCACUAUAAAAUAUGAUCACACGGAUUAAAAGGACAGUCGAAAAUUUCAAAAGAAUGAAAUUAUUUGAUAACAACACAAUUUGGAAAUAUUGCAAAUAUGAAAUAACUUCUUUGUCGAAUAGAAAAGCUAAACGAUCAAAUACGUCUUUCUUACUGUGACGCUAGCGGGUUUCUGAUACGUGAAACGUACAAUCGAGGCAGAUAGGAAAAAGAAAAUAAGAGCGAUGUAAACACACUUGAAAUCUGCCGGUUGUCUUUUAACGCGAAGUCAAACCACUCGAUCUUGAUCGAACGUGUUGAUUUGUCACAGUAUAACCAAAUUAAUCGUUUCUUCUCGCAGGGAUUAUUUUGUCUAAUAAAAACGGUCAAACUUUUGAAAAUUAUGAUCGAUUUAAGAUUGAGAGUAUAUCGUAACGCAAGUAGACAUGGCGAGAAGGUAAAACGAUAAUCGACCCAUUGAUCGAUUUAAUUAGAAGUUUACAUAUAUAGAGACGUUAUUAACCCCAAUAUGGUACAAUGUCUCCGAGGUUUGAUGCGAUUUUUCACGCGUUUACUUGUUUAAGGAAUUUUGGAAAAAAUCAUUCAAAUACUUUAAGGUAUCUACUUUAAGAUUCUGAAAAUAGAUAUUCAAAAAGAAAGUUAAAGAAGCUUUCAGUAAGUUUUUCAACGAUAUUUAUAAAUGGCGGUAACCUUUACAUUUUAAUUCGAUGAUUUUUGUAAAUUAGCUAACAACAAUAAUCUAUACAACAGCGUAAUAUUUCUUUUCAUCUUUUUUAUGUGGACGUAACUCACAGCGUUGUCUUUUUAUAAUUUAAUUGCUUCCCAUUUUGUAAGUCGUCGAAUAUUUAAGACGCAAUAUUUUACAGGUAUUUUUAUUGUUUUUCAAGGAGAUAUACAGGUACGGAGUAAUCGAUUAAUCAUUUCCGAAGUUUUGGGAAUCAUUUGUAAACGUUUCAAAAAUCGUCUUCUCUUUAUCCGUUCAUUGUUUAAAUUCAAAUUAUGUUAAAUAUAGCAUUACUAAACAGAGUCAAUUUAUAUUCCUCUUGGAAAAAUAUUUCUCAUAUAUUUGUGUGCUGUUUAUAUCUUUUACUGUUCGGAAUCGAGAAGAUCUCAGUGUGCCAUUGCUGUCGAUGCUUGCGAUUAUAUGUAAAUAAUAUAAUUAAUAUUAAUGCGAGCUAUGAUCAAAUAAUAUUAACAACGCAUGUUCUAAAAUAUUUGAAUUUUAAAUAAGCGUGGAGGAAUUAUGAAAUUAUGUUACGAAGAAUUAUGUUAAGAAGAAAAUAGAGUACAAGUAGUAAUAUACCGUAAAUUAAAUGUGAAAGAGUAACCGUAUCUGACCGUAAGCAUAAAGCGUAUCUGACUCAAAUUUUAUUCCGCAUUCAUUUUUAUCGCUUGUUUAUCACAUUCCUGAUGCGCGGGGACUGGAUGCAUUCAAAAUUCGCGUAUCCACGGUGAAUCGAUCUAACUUUUUCUCAUCGAAAACCAUGGCGUCCGGUACAAUAGCUGAAAAUAAACGUGUCACAAAUUUAAGCGUAUCUAACAAUCACGGCAGAAAAGUUCUAAACAUUUACAGAGUAUCGGCAAGUGGAACGGACAAAACGAAAGUGACGUUUUGCACGGACGUGGAUAAAUCUGUAAUAGUACAUAAUUUCGAGAAGAGGGGAUGGGUUCAAGUUGGUCCGGAGGAUGAUUGGAAUUUUUAUUGGGCAGUCACGCAAUCGUGCAGGAAUAUAUUCAGUGUAGAAACAGGAUAUAGGAUGGACGACAAACAAAUAAUUAAUCAUUUCCCGAAUCAUUACGAAUUAACUCGAAAAGACUUGUUGGUGAAAAAUAUAAAACGCUACCGGAAAGAAUUGGAGCGCGAGGGAAAUCCUUUAGCGGAAAGAGGAGAUGGACCGGGAAAAUAUCUUUAUCUCGAUUUCAUACCUAUCACGUUUGUUUUACCGGCAGACUACAAUAUGUUCGUCGAGGAGUACCGAAAAUCACCACAAAGCACCUGGAUUAUGAAACCGUGCGGCAAAUCACAAGGCGCUGGUAUAUUUCUAAUCAAUAAAUUAAGUAAACUGAAGAAGUGGUCUCGAGAAGCAAAAAACCCAUUCAAUCCAAAUUUAGCGAAAGAAUCGUAUGUAAUAUCCAGGUACAUUGACAAUCCGCUUCUAAUAGGAGGAAAAAAGUUUGAUCUGAGGCUAUACGUUCUUAUUACGUCUUUUCGACCAUUAAAAGCGUAUCUCUUCAAACUAGGAUUUUGCCGAUUUUGUACAGUCAAGUACGACACUAGUAUUCAAGAAUUAGACAAUAUGUAUGUUCAUCUUACGAACGUGUCUGUACAAAAGCAUGGUGAAGAAUAUAAUAGCAAGCAUGGUGGUAAAUUAAGCGUGCACAAUUUGAGAUUAUACUUGGAAAGCACGCGUGGGAAAGCGGUCACGGAAAAGCUAUUCGCAAACAUCACUUGGUGCAUCGUGCAUUCUUUGAAAGCUGUCGCUCCAGUUAUGGCAAACGAUCGACACUGUUUCGAGUGCUACGGCUACGACAUCAUCAUCGAUAACGAUCUUAAACCGUGGCUUAUCGAGGUGAACGCAUCUCCGUCGUUGACAUCCACCACAGUAAACGACCGAAUCUUAAAAUACAAAUUAAUCGACAACAUAAUUUCAAUCGUCGUACCACCUGAGGGUGUCCCAGACGUAAGAUGGAACAAAUGUCCACCACCGGAAGCAUUGGGGAAUUUCGAGCUCCUCCUGGACGAAGAACUCGUCGCUCAAGAGGAGAAAGAAUAUUCGUCUGGGAAAUACCGAAGUUCCUCCAGCAAAUGGAAAUAAAUAUUCCACUAUUCCUAAACAACGAGAAAAAGUGUCCUUUGGAUAAAAUAUCGAAAGGUGGGAUCACCAGGCAUGCGUAGAAGCAACAGGCAUAGCCUGCUUUAAUCGUCAAAGCGCAUGUACCAAAUCUUCGAAAUGCAUAUAUUCCAGUUUAUUUUGCUCGCGUACAACACAAUUUAUCGUAACUCGCCGUGAUUCCCCGAGAAAAGAGACACACGUGUGCUAACAUCCAAGGCAUUAAAUCUUCUAACAAAUGUUUGACGAAGUGACACGAACGCGUUGUAUCAAUCGGUAUAUAAGAGUGAAUCUUCUUCGGGGGUGGUUUAGAUAUGUUCUAACCGGUGUUCCGUCACGCGAUACGCUAUGCGAAAGUUAUGAUAGAAUUAUACCAAUCCAAUAAAAAAGAAGUUUCUCGAA